AUGCUGUCUAGACGAAAAAGAUUGGGAGUAAUCAGUAUUGAAGUACCCCACGUAGUCCCCGUAGAGGGGCCUACGGGAGACUACGAGCCUGGCUUGGGCAACCUCCAAGAAUUGGAACAAGCAUUAUCCCGCAGCGUAGCUCAGUUUACCAAGUGUUAUAAACUUGCAAGGAGAGGUUCCAGAAUGGCCCGUCUAGACGAAAAAGAUUGGGAGUAA